UCUUUGCGCCAUGAGUUUAUUCAUUUCUUGUAAUCAAUUGUAACCGAUGUAAAGCAUAUAAUUUUAACAUAUCAGUUAAUUGUAAUUUAUUAAAAAAUCAUUUAUACAUCGGAAGCGUUUUUUCUAUCUAGUUUAUAAUCGAGAAAAGUGUUCUGUUUUAAGUUUCGAACUGUUACUACUUUCGUAUAACAUGUUUAUAAUCAGUUCAUACCUGAUAUUUUUAAUUAUAGUCAUUUGAUACUAACUGUAUGGAAAGGACAAAGUGUGAGCGAUUAUUAUACCCAGUAAGUAUGUUUUUGGGAUAAUACUUACUCACACCGAGUGACGUGUUUAAAUCGAAGUGGCUGCGAAAACAUUCGAAAAUAUUAGUAUUUUACAUAUUUACUCUACUCUUGCACAUUUUCUAUUUUUACUAUUUUGUCGAUUUUUCAAUCGCAAUUAAAUUUCUCUUUCUUUCGUUAACUAGCAGGUUUAAACUUGAACAAUAUAGAAGAAAUUCUUGUUCCUGUCGUGCCUGUGCUAUAAUAUUGUUACUAGUAAAGAAAACUUUUGUAAUGCUCCUUUUAGAGACUUGAAGAAAUUAUAAGUUUAUAAUACAAAAUUUCCACAAAAAUUAUGGGACGUUACACGGGAAAGAAAUGCCGCCUUUUGACAAUGUUAGGAUUAACAGCGCUUUUAUUUUUAGUAGAAAUAGUUGUUGGUUAUGUGACCAAUUCAAUGGCUUUAAUAGCUGAUAGUUUUCAUAUGUUAUCGGAUGUAGCUGCAUUAGUCGUUGCAUUUCUUUCUGUGAAGAUGUCGCCAAAAAAGUGGUCCAAGAACACUUUUGGAUGGGCUAGAGCCGAGGUAUUAGGUGCUCUUGUUAAUGCAGUUUUUUUAGUUGCCUUAUGCUUUAGCAUUACUGUGGAGGCAUGCAAAAGGUUCAUUGAAGUGGAAGAAAUACAUGAAGCUAAACUUCUUGUGUCUGUGGGUGCGCUUGGUCUAUUCGUGAACUUAAUAGGUUUAUGCUUAUUUCGUGAACAUGGAAGUUCUCAUGAUCAUUCGCAUGGUAUAUCACGUAGUCAUAACAGACUAAGCACAUUAGUGGGCACAGAUGACAAUGAAAAUGACAACACUUACAGACCACCAACGGCACAAGUAAAAAGAACACAUGGUCAUACGCAUGAUGCAAGUCAAAUGAAUAUGCGUGGUGUGUUCCUUCAUGUACUGUCCGAUGCAGUGGGUUCUGUUAAUGUAAUUGCCUCAGCUUUAAUAGUGUGGCUUACAAAAUGGCAGUACAGAUUUUAUAUUGAUCCAGCAUUAUCGCUAUUAUUGGUUAUUCUCAUGUUACGUUCUGUUUGGCCAUUGUUUCGGGAGUCGGCACUAAUUCUCUUACAAACUGUACCGACACAUAUUCAGGUUGAUGCAAUACAACAACGCUUAUUGGAAAAUGUUGAUGGUGUAUUAGCUGUACACGAAUUUCAUGUAUGGCAAUUAGCUGGUGAUCGUAUUAUAGCUUCCGCGCACAUAAGAUGUAGAAAUCUUUCAGAAUAUAUGAAAAUAGCAGAACAAGUUAAAGAAUUUUUCCAUAAUGAGGGUAUACAUUCUACUACAAUACAACCAGAGUUUAUUGAUUAUCAAUCAAAUAGCGAAAUUAAAGAUACACCAACAGAAGAUUGUGUAUUGGAUUGUCCAAAGACUGAUAAACCUUGCAAUCAUGCUACUUGUUGUGGUCCCUCUAAACAGGGUCGUGAAUCUCCUUCGCCCGGGGAAACACCAUAUAUGUGCAGGCAGCGUAACAGCUUGGCACGCUCAACUACUUCUAUAGGAGGAACAAAACAACAAGAAGUGAACGAGAUGGAGCGAGGACAUUUACUUUCUCUAUCUGGUUCUCAUCAUUCCAUCCAACUUCCGCAUUCUCACAUUAACACGCCAACAGUUUGAGUUAUUCUUUGAUAACCAUUUGCCUACCUCCAUAGCCGAUUACGCAUCGUAAAGAAAUGCUAUUGUACAAAUAUAAUAAAUUAAUAAUUUGAUUAUGCA